AUGGCAACUGGAGACACGGCGCCCGCGCCGCUUACCAUCCCACCCCCGCCGAUCGAACCGCUCUCCGACGACGAUGGUUCCAGUCCUCUAAGUGAUGUCGAAGAUAAGGACGGCGACCCAGGAGACUUGAACAGCCUGAAUGAUGCCACUCCCGACAAUCGCAACGAAGAAGUAACCUCUGCAGACGACCUUUCCGACGCGAACGAUACUGAAGCCGAGACCGAACGCCUCUACGACACGCCCCGAAAUCCCACUCGUCACAAGGACGUGGUCCUGAAUAAAUCAGCAGAAGGGCAAGUUUAUGAGCGCACCCCAAGCAAACUGCGACGGCACAAUACAAGGACAGGGCAGAGCAAAGAUGCAGACAACGGGCCAUUCUACGAGGAAGUGUCAAUAGCUUCCAGCCCUCCAGCGCAAGAGACAAAGAAUCUAAGAAGGCGCCAAUCACCAACCCUAGAUAUCCUCGUCGAGGCUGCUAGCCAAGAAGUCGAGAGCAGAAAGCGAAAACGAGCCUCGAUGCCUAUUGAAAAUUCUGAAACUACACGGCUACCACAAAGGCGUACUGGUUCAGUGCCUACACCUAGCCGACAGGAUAUAGACGGUGAUACUCCUAUGGCUGACGAAGACGACCCAUCGUUACAUACCAAUAGUGGCGAACACUCAGCCGACGAAACUACCAAUGCCCCAGCUGAUAUAGACCGCACUGACAACAACGCUCAGAGCGCUCAAUCGGACCAAGAAGCCAUACCCAAAAAGCAGACGCGCAGUGGCUCAAAGAAGCUUAAAACCACAGAACAGACUAUCGAGGCUGAUGAACCACCGGAAGAGACUGUGGGUGAUUCAGUAGCUGAAGAUGACCGUGCUCAAGCUGGCGAGGAUGAGCCACUCGAGGCCGACGUGGACGAAGAAGCUGAAGCGGCUCACAGGAACGAAGAAGAACUGGAAAGAAAGAAGACGGCCUUUGAGCAGUUGACCGCAAUCGAGAAACGAUUUGCAACUUUCAGGGAUAGGCUGUACGAAGAACGACUCGAGCAACUGAACCAAGAAGAAAUAAUGCUGCGAUCCGAAACCAUAACACACCCCGACUAUCUUGCCAUGAUGCAAUGCAUUGAUGCACGAAGAGACGAAAAAAUCCGUGUGGCAAAUCGAGAGUUAGAACUCAAAAUAGAAUCUCUAGAGAGGUGGGCAGUCUCUAGGCGAUCGCAAAUUCACUCUCAAUUCUUCCAAUCAGUUAGAGAGUCAAGAGAAAAGAUUCUAGCAGAGCUGGGCCAGCAAUGGUACGACAUCCAACACGAGCGUCGCAAACAAGCCAAUAAUGUACCCGAAUUCGGUCUCCGGUUUCCUCGCGAUCCCGCGCAGCGCACAAGAAAUGCGCUAGCAUACAAUAAAGAGGUAUCCAUUUUGUCCGGCAUAGCCAAGUACGAAGGAAUGCCUGCGGCGCCAGACAUGAAGGGGGCAUCUAUGCAAGAGCUGGAGGACGACUUCGAAGCGAUCAAUAGAAAUCGCCAACCAUCGCUUCGACACCAAUUACAUAGGCCUGCUUAUGUGGAUUACGGAGGGCUUCCGUUUAGUCAAAGUCUUGGUCCUGCAGGGGAGCAGUUUAUCGAGCAGACACCAUGGGCAAACCCCAAUCACCCAUCGAACGCCCAUCUUCUUCAACGACAGCACUCAGCACAGCACGAAGCUCAUGCGCAUGGUAAUAUGCCAGGCGUUUCAUUAGGUCCCAAUAAACAUCCCCAUCCGACUCAGCCUUUUACCAACGGUUCGACAAGCCAUCCCUCCAAUGGUCCCCUUCAUGGUCCUCCCAAAGCUCAGAAGAGUGUACCAAGACAGCCUACCACCUCACCAGAGGUUGCACGAGCCGCCAACUUAUUAGAACAGACUAAAGCGCGCAGCAUGAAGGCGGCAGAAGCAGCCGCGAGACGUGAAAAUAGUCAUCCGGUAGGUAGUUUAUGA